AAUGAAGUACAAGAAGAAGAAUCAUACCUCAGCGUCAAGCUCCAAAUUGUCAACAAUGGUGAGGAGGAGAAGCACGACACUCACCUGGUUUUUCCUCAUCUUUCUCUCUCUAAUAGCCUUUGGCAUCUUUGUCCCUGUCUUUGCUCUUCUACCUCCUCUCUCUUCCCACUCUCCCCACCAACAACUGCAGCACCAUCCCAGCACCAAAAGGAAUCAGGAUCAUGCCAAAAAGUUUGAAAUUUCAGAGGACAAGUUCUGGAAGGAUGGUCAGCCUUUCCAGAUCAUUGGGGGUGACUUGCACUAUUUCCGGGUUCUUCCUGAGUACUGGGAAGAUAGGUUGUUGAGAGCAAAGGCAUUGGGAUUAAAUACGAUUCAAACUUAUGUUCCCUGGAACCUACAUGAACCAAGAGCUGGUAUUUUGGAUUUUGACGGUAUUGCAGAUUUGGUUGCAUUUCUCAAACUCUCCCAGAAGCUGGGUAUGCUUGUAAUGCUUCGACCUGGACCAUAUAUAUGUGCAGAGUGGGAUUUGGGAGGUUUCCCUCCUUGGUUACUUGCCAUCAAUCCAGCUCCCAGACUACGAUCAUCAGAUCCCAUUUUCCUUCAGUUGGUUGAUACAUGGUGGGGAAUCCUGCUUCCAAAGGUAGCUCCCCUUCUUUAUGGAAGUGGAGGUCCUGUUAUAAUGGUUCAGAUUGAAAACGAAUUUGGAUCAUAUGGGAACGACAAAGCUUAUCUUCAUCACCUGGUGUCAGUGGCUAGAAAGCACCUUGGGGAAGAUGCAAUUUUGUAUACCACAGAUGGAGGUUCAAGGGAAACACUAGAGAAAGGAACAAUUCGUGGAGAUGCUGUCUUUUCAGCUGUUGAUUUCACUACUGGUGAUGAUCCUUGGCCUAUAUUUGAGUUGCAAAGGGAGUUCAAUGCCCCUGGGAAAUCACCACCACUUUCUUCAGAGUUUUACACAGGCUGGCUUACACAUUGGGGAGAGAAGAAUGCGCAGACUGAUGCUGCUUUUACAGCAGCUGCCUUGAAAAAGAUUUUGGAAAGAAAUGGUUCUGCAGUGCUUUAUAUGGCACAUGGGGGAACAAACUUUGGGUUUUAUAAUGGAGCAAAUACCGGUUCAGACGAGUCUGAUUACAAGCCCGACCUCACUUCCUAUGAUUAUGAUGCACCGAUCAGGGAAUCUGGGGAUGUAAACAAUGCAAAAUUCAAAGCAAUUAGGAGGGUCGUAGAGCAACACAGUCUAGGAUCUAUCCCUGCAGUUCCAGCCGAUAAUGAGAAGAAAGCAUAUGGAUCCAUUCACGUAACUAAAACAGGGACUUUAUUUGAUAUGAUCCAUUACUUUGAUAUGGUUGAAUCCGAGAGCCCAAUAUCUAUGGAGUCAGCGGGACAGAUGUUUGGAUUUAUGUUAUACGUGACUGAGUAUGCUGCAAAAGACAAUGGUGGCGGAGUUGUAUCCAUACCAAAGGUGCAUGACAGAGCCCAAGUUUUUGUAAUGUGCUCUUCUGAAGAUGGUCAUGGAAGACCAAAAUAUGUUGGCACUUUUGAAAGAUGGUCAAAUCAACCUCUAACCCUUCCUAAUACGAAAUGCCGCUCUAACAUCAGCUUAUUUGUGUUGGUUGAAAACAUGGGCCGUCUAAAUUAUGGACCAUAUAUCUUUGACAGGAAGGGUAUUCUGUCUCCUGUUUAUCUUGAUGGGAGAAUUCUCCGAAGAUGGAAAAUGCAUUUGAUACCUAUAGGAAAUCUGAAUGAGGUUCCUAAAAUCAAUCCCAUAAUUCAGGCUUCACAUUCUGGAGUCAUUACUAUGUCAGCGCGCAAAAGAUUAAAACCGAAAAAGUCUGGGAAUGAUUCGAACGUGCCAGCAUUCUAUGCUGGAUAUAUUUCUAUCAGCAAAGAAGACGAAAUCAAAGAUACAUUCAUAUCAUUGAGUGGCUGGGGUAAAGGGAUAGUGACUAUUAACAAUUUCAACAUCGGAAGAUUUUGGCCGUUAAGGGGACCGCAGUGUAACCUCUAUGUUCCUGCUCCUGUCCUUCGGCGUGGGAAUAAUGUUGUGGUCAUAUUUGAGUUAGAGUCCCCAAACCCGGAGCUUGUGGUACGCUUUGUUGAUCAGCCAGACUUCACUUGUGGUCCAGGGAAAUCGAAUGUACAUCAGCUUUAGUGCCACUGUUAACAUGAGAUGUUCGUGUAUGAAAACAUGGAGAACCGGACUGUAUAUCUCCAUUUAGAAAUGCUGGUCCUCCGGAAUAUUUUACUAUCGUGUUUGUCGAUUAUAAUUAACAGAGUAGCAGUGUACAAGGUUUCAUGUUCGAUAGGAAAAACAAGAAAAUCAAAGAAACCUGUGUUGUACAGAUUGUAUGUGGAGUAACUAGAGAUUAAUUAAGAAGUCAUCUCGUUUA